AUGGAGCGGGAGAGGCAGUUGUUGGAGCAGCAGGACAGCAGGCGGCAGUUGGAGCAGCGGGAGCGGGAGCUGAAGGAGCAGCGGUGGCAGUUGAUGGCGCAGCGGCGGCAGUUGGAGGUGGAGCGGGGGCAGUUGUUGGAGCAGCAGGACAGCAGGGGGCAGUUGAAGCGGCCGCGGCAGUGGGAACCGCAGCAGGAGAUCGAGCGGGAGUUGAAGCGGCAGCGGCUGUUGGAGCGGGAGUUCAGGCUACAAUCUGCCCAGUUCACGGUGGUGCAGUGGGCGCCCCCGUCUCCCCCGGUCCUGCUGGACCUGACCCCGCUCCCGGACGAGCUGCUGGCGCGGAUCCUGAGCUGGGUCCCGGGCUGCGUCCUGGUGACCCACUGCCGGCUGGUGUGUCGCCGCUGGCGGGACCUCAUCGACGGGCCCACGGUCUGGCGGCUGCAGGGCGAGAGGUGCCCGGGCUUGGGGGCUACCCUGGCGGCCGCCCGCCUCUGCCUCCUGCCGCAGUGGAGCCGGAUCUGCCUCCUGGAGCCCUUCGGGCCGGGCAGGCCCUUCGGGCGCAACCUGCUCCGGAACCCCUGCGGGCAGGAUCAGUUCUCUCACUGGCAGGUGGAGCAUGGGGGCCAUGGCUGGAAGGUGGAAGAGAACCGCUGCCCGGUCGAGGGCGCCCCGGCCCAGACCUGCUUUGUCUCAUCCUAUCACUGGUGCGUCAAAUCGCAGCUCGUAGAUCUUCUAAAGGAGGGAUUGUGGGAAGAACUGCUGGAUACCUACCAACCGGAAAUCUACAUCUCCGAUUGGUGGGGCACCCGGUGUGGCUGUGAAUACUCCAUCUGCGUCAAGCUCCUGGCUGCCAACAGAAGUACUGUAAUCGCUGAAUUCCAGGCCAGCCCCGAUGGUUUACAACAGUCAAAUGACUCGCAGUAUCACCAGGUGUCCUACCGGUUCAGGCAGUACGGCCGCGGCGUCCGGUAUGUGCAUUUCCUCCACAGAGGGAAGGACGCUCAUUUCAGGCUGGGACGCUACGGCGCACAGAUCACCAACUCCACAGUCAUGGUGAAGCUCAACUGA